AUAGAGAUUGAAGCAGCUUGCCUAGAAAGUACAACUGAUCAUACGUUUUGUCUUACAGCAUAUUUACAAACAUUUUAGAGUAAUAUGGUGUCUAUGAGAACUCUGCUGUUGGUUGUUUGCCUCCUUUCUUCUGCUGUUGAAAUGAAAAAGAUUCUUUUUUUACCUUUUUCUUUUACAAGUCAUAUAAUGGAAAUGAUUCAUGUUGCUGAUCGGUUGGCAGCCAAAGGUCAUGAAAUUCAUUUCAUUAUAGCUGAUACUUUACCCAAUGCUAAUAGCCUAAAAAAGCAGUAUGCACAGUUUCACUUUCAUCAUCCUAUUAAUAAAUAUGACGACUAUUCAAAGCAAGGUGAUAUGGAUAGUGCAGACUUGUUUGAAGCAGUUUUGCGUAUAACACCAAUCCAAGAUAUGCAACAUAACUACGUUGGCUAUGAAGAAUUAUGCUGGAAUGCUCUCGAAGAUGAUAUUCUAUUUAAAAAGCUGCUCAACAUUAAAUUUGACUAUGCUAUUGUUGACUAUUUUAUGAUGGCUCGUUGUCUAGCUGUCAUACCUUAUAAACUAAAUAUUCGAUUCUCUAAUAUAGGAACAUUUUGGGAGCCGUGGCUCUUUCGAGUUCCGUCUCUUCCAUCAACUGUACCCUUUGGCUGGGCGAAUCCAUAUACUGAAAAAAUGUCACUCAUUGAAAGGUUGCAGAAUGCCUGGAGCAUGAUUGCAUUCUCAACUUAUCAAUUUUACAGAACACCUUACUUGAAUGAAAAUAUGGUAAAAAAGUACGCACCAGAAAAACCAGAAAUCUCUUUAACGACCUUACUAAGAAAAGCUGAUAUAUGGUUAUUCGAUUCAGAUGUUGCAAUCGAUUAUGCUAGACCUUAUUAUCCGAAUAUGAUAGAAAUUGGGGGUCUCUCAACUGCGCCGUCUAAACCUUUGCCAACAGAUUUGGAUGAGUGGAUAUCAUCGGGAGAGAGCGAAGGCUUAGUAAUUGUUUCCUUUGGAAGUUUUGCGUCAAGUGUACCCCAAAAGAUAAGUGAAAGGCUACUUGACAGUUUCGUUCAACUGCCUCAGUAUAAAUUUAUAAUAAGGUUAACUAGUCCGGUGAAACGGAUACCAGAUAAUGUUAAAGUUGUAAGUUGGAUGCCUCAAAAUGACCUUUUAGGCUGUAAUAAAACAGUGCUGUUUAUAACUCACUGUGGAGCUAAUGGACAAUUUGAGUCGUUAUAUCAUGGAGUACCCAUGUUGAAUUUCCCUAUAUUUGGUGAUCAGCCUUAUAAUGCUAAAAGGUCUGAAUAUAAAGGAUAUAGUAAAACUCUUAGUUUAGAAAAGUUCUCUCCCGAAGAACUUACAAAAACAAUAAAAGAAAUAAUUGGAAAUCCAUCCUUUAAACAAAAAACUACUUCUGGUUCGAAAGUCUUCAGAAACCGACCCAUGAUACCAAAAGAAAGGGCUGCAUAUUGGGUAGAACAUGUUAUGGAUAAUGGAGCGGAACAUCUAAGAUCUUACGCAUUAGAUAUGGAAUGGUACAAAUUUUUAAUGAUUGAUAUGGGAUUCGCUGUGUAUGCUAUGUUUGUCGUUUUCGCAUUGUUGACGGCUUGUAUGUUAAAGUUAUUUCGUUUAUCUUAA